UACGGUGACGCAUACUGAUAGUUGCUGCGCACUGCAGAUUUUACCGUAGCUAAUCUAGCCACAGGGCCGUGGAGUGUGCCGGAUAAAAUUGCUACAUUGUAUCCCCACGGGGAAAUAGAGAAGUUACGUUGUAACCAGUGAUCGUUAAUGUUCGAAUCGAACAUCAUUCUGAGAUGGGGGUUUUUGUUCGCUGGCUGCUAGGCUUUUCACCAACUAGCCAGACGGUGUUUCGUCUUAUGUGUUGACUGUAAAGAGGACAGUGUGCGUCAGCAUUCAAGAUGGACACCGCCGAGGAAGGUAGCUAGCAACCUCGUCAACCCAUCUUGUUAAAAACAUUUACGUUACAUAAUUAGUUAACCCCCUGUUGUGACACACAUUUGAUUGGGCCUCUAGGAAUCUGUUUUGUUGCAAAUUGACAAUAACCGUUAUUUUCUGUCGAAGCUGCAACCUGCAUGAAGUAUUAGCAUCACUAGCUAACGUUAGCUAACUUUAGCUACAUCCACUCACCACUAAGUCCAAUAUACAGUAUAACCAAGCUUUAUCACUGUUCGUUAACAUUAGUAGCUAGCUAACUGACUUCACUGCACUUCUACACGUUGUUGAUUACAUUUAAAUUCAAUAGACUAGUGAUGUAUCAGUCCUCCAUUUCUAACUAAUCAACAUAACUAACUAACAUAACAACAAUAAUAAUAUAGAAUUGAACUGUUUGCCAACCUACCCAGUAUGUGCCACCCAUUGCCAUUAGUGCUGUCACUCACUUGAUUAAUGACAGGUAAAGCAUGGGGAUGAUUCAUUGCUGUUUGUAAAGUUAAUCAAAAGCCCCAGAGUAUUUACAAAUGAAAGGUCCUGACAAAAAGAGUCUUGAGACCACUGAAAGAUCUGCUAGCUAGGUUGUUUUCAUGCAAGUUUCACAUUUUGUUUUCUCAAAACAAAGCCUAUCUGAAUUUCAUACAGCAUCAUACUUCUUCUGAGUUGGUUGAACCCUGUUCUCUGAUUUUGUCUGAUUAAUGUCCUUGUCUUCUGCAGGGGAUAUAUGUCGGGUCUGCCGGUCUGAAGGAACCCCAGACAAGCCACUAUAUCACCCCUGUGUUUGCACAGGAAGUAUAAAAUUCAUCCACCAAGAAUGGUAUGUGGUGCUGGUUGGUUGUAUGCCCAAACACAGGGCCAGUGGCAUUUCUUUAGAGACAGACUGGGUUCUUGCCAGAGCAUGAUACACUCAACAGAGGGGAGCAGAGCCAAGUAUUACUAUGGAAAAGGUGUAAUGGAAGCCAGGGUGUGACAAGUUGCCAUAAAAAUGUGAUCUGUUAGCCAGAGAUGGGCUCUGAUACUAGAUCGCUCCCCGUGCUAAAUCUAGCUAGAUGGACUGACCUUAGGCAACCUCAAUUGAUAUUUUACAUUGCUGCACAUGUGACACCACAGUUAUAUAAUCCAUCUGUGUUUUCACAGCUUGGUACAAUGGCUAAAACACAGCAGAAAAGAAUACUGCGAGUUAUGCAAACACAGAUUUGCUUUUACGCCAAGUAAGUAAUUCAAUUUAAUUUACUUCUCUGUGUCUAUAUGCCUAUUCUGUUUAACAUACUAUACAAUGCAGCAUUUACUUCAGUUAUAUGGGGUUCCAAUGACGUGACUAAUGUAUAAGCCUACCUCAUAGGGCCAUUUGCCUGUUUUGACAGAGGGAUUGCAGUCCAAUAUCAUCAUCCAAUGACUGACCUCUGACAUAUUUCUUGAAGUCUUUUAUUUUGAAGUGCAUGUGUGGUCUUGAUCAGUCUCAGGGGAAGUAUUACUACUUCUCAUUAGAGUAAGGCUGUGAGCUGCCCUGACUAGUUAUCAUUCAGGACAGGCACAGGGGACACACACACAGCCCUGUCUAUACUAAUGUGCGCAGCCUGCUCUGUUUCUCUUACCGGAGUCUGUCUGCCAUCCUCAUUCAUUUAGUGAGAGAUUUAAAUUGUGGUUUUCUCAGAUGAUUAAAUUGUCUAAAGGACAAGGAUAGUCUGUCAUCAUACCAAUAGAAAAUACUUUGCCACUUUUCUGACCAGACAGCUAUUAUGAUCCUAUGCAAGCUUUUCUUAGUUCCCGAAUGGACCCAAUUAGGAGCAGUAAAGGAGGGUUGGAAUUUGAGGAUGUGAAAGUAUCCUGUUUUGAUACUUUCUUUCCUUUGUUUCUUCCAGUCUAUUCUCCAGACAUGCCUUCCCGGCUGCCGGUCCAGGACAUAUUUGCGGGGCUGGUGACAAGUGUAGGCACAGCUAUUAGAUACUGGUUUCACUACACACUAGUGGCCUUUGCUUGGCUGGGAGUCGUUCCUCUCACAGCAUGUAAGUGCAAAUGUCCUAAAACACAGUCUGUUGGUACAUGUUGUUCAAUAUGCUAUCCAUUGUUGGCCUUUUUGAAUAUGUCAGUGUGUGUUGACUGACUUUCUUAUUCCCGCAGGUCGCAUCUACAAGUGUCUGUUUACCGGCUCUGUGAGCUCACUCCUCACCCUGCCAUUAGAUAUGCUUUCUACGUAAGAUUGUCCUUCUUUUCUUCUCCCAAACCUGUACAAAACAAUACCCUGUAAAAACAUUAAACAAAUGUUUUCUAGUCAUUUAGCCAAUAACAUUCUGACUCACCAUGAGACAAUUGUCAUGUCACUUCAUCCACAGAGAGAACUUGCUGGCGGACUGCUUGCAGGGUUGUUUCGUGGUGACGUGUACACUCUGCGCCUUCAUCAGUCUGGUGUGGCUGCGGGAGCAGAUUGUUCAUGGUGGCGCCCCCCAGUGGCUGGAGCAGAAUCAGCAGCAGCAGCCACAACAUGCACCAGCUCCACAAUUUAAUGAGGUAACCAAAAAUCCCACUACAAAGUCAAGUCCAAGUCACUCUUUGUGUUAACAUAAUUACAGUGCCUUCGGAAAGUAUUCAGACCCCUUGACUUUUUCCACAUUUUGCUACGUUACAGCCUUAUUCUAAAAUUGAUUAAAUAAAUAAAAAUCCUCAGCAGUCUACACACAAUACCCCAUAAUGACAAAGCGAAAACAGGUUUUUAGAAAUGUUUGCAAAUGUAUACAAAAUAAAAACAGAAAUACCUUAUUUACAUAAGUAUUCAGACCCUUUGCUAUGAGAAUCGAAAUUGAGCUCAGGUGCAUCCUGUUUCCAUUGAGCAUCCUUGAGAUGUUUCUACAACUUGAUUGGAGUCUACCUGUGGUAAAUUCAAUUGAUUGGACAUGAUUUGGAAAGGCACACACCUGUAUAUGUAAGGUCCCACAGUUAACAGUGCAUGUCAGAGCAAAAACCAAGCCAUGAGGUCGAAGGAAUUGUCCGUAGAGCUCCGAGACAGGCAUUAAAGGUCCCCAAGAACACAGUGGCCUCCAUCAUUCUUAAAUGGAAGAAGUUUGGAACUACCAAGACUCUUCCUAGAGCUGGCCGUCCGGCCAAACUGAGCAAUCAGGGGAGAAGGGCCUUGGUCAGGGAGGUGACCAAGAACCCGAUCGUCACACUGACAGAGCUCUAGAGUUCCUCUGUGGAGAUGGAGGAACCUUCCAGAAAGUCAACCAUCUCUGCAGCACUCCACCAAUCAGGCCUUUAUGGUAGCGUGGCCAGACGGAAGCCACUCCUCAGUAAAAGGCACAUGACAGCCCACUUGGAGUUUGCCAAAAGGCAUGUAAAGACUCUCAGACCAUGAGAAACAAGAUUCUCUGGUCUGAUGAAACCAAGAUUGAACUCUUUGGCCUGAAUGCCAAGCGUCACGCCUGGAGGAAACCUGGCACCAUCCCAACGGUGAAGCAUGGUGGUGGCAGCAUCAUGCUGUGGGGAUGUUUUUCAGCGGCAGGGACUGGGAGACUAGUCAGGAUCGAGGCAAAUAUGAACGGAGAAAAGUACAGAGAGAUCCUUGAUGAAAACCUCCAGAGUGCUCAGGACCACAGACUGGGGCGAAGGUUCACCUUCCAACAGGACAACGACCCAAAGUACACAGCCAAGACAACGCAGGAGUGGCUUUGGGACAAGUCUCUGAAUGUCCUUGAGUGGUUCAGCCAGAGCCCAGACUUGAACCCGAUCGAACCUCUCCUCUCUGGAGAGAUCUGAAAAUAGCUGUGCAGCAACACUCCCCAUCCAACCUGACCGAGCUUGAGAGAGAGAAGAAUGGCAUAAACUCCCCAAAUACAGCUUGUAGUGUUAUACCCAAGAAGACUUGAUGCUGUAAUCGCUGCCAAAGGUGCUUCAAUAAAGUACUGAGUAAAGGGUCUGAAUACUUACGUAAAUGUGAUAUUUCAGUGUUUUUUAAAAUUAUAAAUUAGCAAAAAUUUAUAAAAAAAGGUUUUUGCUUUGUCAUUAUUGGCUAUUGUGUGUAUAUUGAGGGGAAAAAACCAAUUUAAUCAAUUUUAGAAUAAGGCUGUAAAGUAACAAUGUGGAAAAAGUCAAGGGGUCUGAAUACUUUCCGAAGGCACUGUAUGUGCUAACUAUAGCAUUCCUUCAGUGCAACUUGUCACUUCUAAGUUGAGUGUUAAAGAGCACUCAAUACACUCUUCCUUAACCAGAGAAAGCCUCUUCUAAUGUUCUGGAGCUACCGCACCCACCUUCAUGUCCCAUGUAUUUUCCCCAACAGCAGGGCCCAGGUCCUGGGCAGGGGGUGGGUGAGAACCAGCCUGCUCCUGCUGCCGCUGAGCCCCCGGCUGACAACGGUCCAGCGGCUGAGGUCCUUGACAUCCAGGUGGACCUGGCAGAGGACAUGGAGCUGGAGGACGAGGCUGGGGCUGAGGAUGUAGGGGACGCCAACAAUGGAGCACAAGGUAUGAACCUUCGAAUGGAAAGGUUCUAGCCUGGUCCCAGAUCUGUUUGCACCAUUGCUCAUUGUCAGUGACAAGGAUUUGCUAUGAUGGCACAAAUAGACUGGCACUCAGGCCAUAAAGGUUCAAGAUGUUAACCUUAUUUCAAAGGCUAAUUUAGGAUGAUGGUUUUGUAUUUUACAAUUUCGUAUCAUAAUGUCUAUUUUUUCAUUGUUCAUAGACAUGAAUCUAUAGGCGAUAUCUGGACUGUUUGUUUGACAAAGUUUUAGUGUGAGGUGUUAGUGACAGUAAGUGAGGUGCUGCUUUUGUCUUUUUGUAGAUGACAUGAAUUGGAAUGCCCUGGAAUGGGACCGGGCAGCCGAGGAGCUAACAUGGGAGAGGGUGAGUUUUGAAUUAGAAUUCCCUCAGGCCUAUUUGUGUUAUAUACCUAUUGGUCAUUGUUGUGUCUAAGAAAUGUAAAGUGAAAUUGAACAUUCCAUUCUUUAUUUAUUCACAGAUGCUCGGUCUUGAUGGCUCCUUGGUUUUCCUGGUAAGUAGCUCAUUCCCCAUGUUUGAUGAAAUGGCGUUCCCUUUUGAGAAAAUCUUCAGGUUGUUGUAAAUAUGUGUUCCCUCUUUCUUCAUCAGGAGCAUGUCUUCUGGGUGGUCUCACUAAACACACUCUUCAUUUUGGUGUUCGGUACGUGUCAUUAAAGUUAUGUUAAGAGAAUGUGCCAUUGAUAAAUAAAAAAAAUAAAAAAACGAUAUAAAAAUGAAUAUUCCAACAAUGACUUGCAUUUCUUUUCAGCUUUUUGCCCGUAUCAUAUUGGUCAUUUCUCAGUUGUGGGACUUGGCUUUGAGAAUAAUGUAAGUACCAGCUUAAUGUCAAUUCAAUUGAAUUGAAGGCCUUUCUCUCGUGUGUAAUCUGUAUGAAUAGAUUUUGUGAAGUUUGUUUUGGAAUCUGAAUGACUCGCUCCAUACACAGUUGAACUGCUUUGCAGUGUCAGAAAGAAUAUUUAUUUUAAUCAUGUAAUUUCCUGUUGCAGGUGCAGGCCUCCCACUUUGAAGGCCUCAUCACCACCAUCGUGGGCUACAUCUUCCUGGCCAUGACAUUAAUACUGUGCCAUGUAUCCUCUGCUUUCUGUUACAAAAGUGUGUUAUAGUCUAGUUUUAGUCUGUUAUAGACAUGAUGUAGUACCUGUGUUGUAUUGUAUGUGUUUUUUCCUUAAUGAAAAUCCCAGGGAUUGGCAGCAUUGGUGAGAUUCCAAAGAUCCAGACGCCUUUUAGGAGUGUGCUACAUUGUUGUCAAGGUAUUGAAAAUUAUGAUAAUGAUUUUGUCCUUGAUUGGGAUUGCAUAGUCUGACUGGUAUAUGACUAGUUUGUGUUUUAUGGACUCAGAAGUGUAUACAUAUAGAAUAUUGUGUUUAUCUUCCGUACAGUAUGUUCUGAACUGUUACACAGUAAUCUGGAUUACAGUAUAAACUAUUAAUUUGCCUUCUAUUGCCAUUGAAAUAAACACCAGUUAUAAUACAUAUUGAUAUUAUGAUUAACCAGGUAUCCCUGCUGGUAGUCGUGGAGAUCGGUGUGUUCCCUGUCAUCUGUGGCUGGUGGCUCGACAUCUGCUCACUGGUAAGCCAAACAUGUUCUUCUGCUUCAAUGAUUCGUCCUUUCAAAAUAAUAAUUGAUACAUCCCUUUUCCUGUAUUGAAAAGCCAAAUGUUGUUCUGUGUUGUUGUAGGAGAUGUUUGAUGCCUCUCUGAAGGACAGAGAGCUGAGUUUUGAGUCUGCUCCCGGCACCACCAUGUUCCUUCACUGGCUUGUAGGGAUGGUCUACGUCUUCUACUUUGCCUCUUUUAUCCUCUUACUGCGAGAGGUGAGAUAGUAUUCUGUCUCAUACCUUCAUAGCUGUCAUUUGAGGUGCCAGAAACCUAUGUCAAGAGAUUUCUGCUGUUGAGUUAUUAUGUAUCCCACCAUGGCUGAUCUGUUUCUAAUUGUCGCUCUAGGUGCUGAGACCGGGUGUUUUAUGGUUUCUCAGAAACCUGAACGAUCCUGAUUUUAAUCCUGUCCAAGAAAUGAUUCACCUGCCAAUAUACAGACAUCUCCGAAGAUUCAUUUUAUCAGUGGUGAGUUGCAACCCACUUAUUCCUAUCUAAUGUACAAUGCCAUAGCUAUGGGUGCCUGGACAGGACAUACAGUGCCAGUAACACUGGGUUUCUCCUGUCUUUCUCCACAGGUGGUGUUUGGCUCCAUAGUUUUACUAAUGUUGUGGCUUCCCAUAAGGACGAUCAAACUCAUCCUCCCAGCCUUCCUCCCCUACAAUGUCAUGCUGUACAGGUAAGUCUGGUGGCCUGGAAUGACAAUGGAAUGACUUGACUUAAGUCAUUGGCUCCUAGUAAUGCCGAAGUCGACCCCAUUGCAAUUACCGGAAGAUGAACCAUUGGCCGCAUUAAUGCAUGCCACACUACAACAUCAAUAACCAAUGCCUGUUUAGUAAUGAAUAAAUGCCUCUUCAGUAACUAACAAAUGCCUCUGUAAUGUACUCCGUUAUGAGGGAUGAUAAUGUCUCUGUGUUGACUGGGUGUUGUCUGUCUCCAUCUCCCAGUGAUGCUCCAGUCAGUGAGCUGUCUCUGGAGCUGCUGCUGCUUCAGGUGGUUCUGCCUGCGCUGCUGGAACAGGGUCACACACGCCAGUGGCUCAAAGGCCUGGUCAGAGCCUGGACCGUCACCGCUGGAUAUCUGCUGUGAGUGUCACACGCUAACAACAACAUACCAACUCUCUGUUAGACUGAGUGUGCGUGGGCUUUAUCAUUUACAUUGGAAACCACUAUUCUACUAGGAUAUACACUACAGGACCAAAAGUAUGUGGACACAUACAGUGCCUUGCAAAAUUAUUCAUCCCCCUUGGCGUUUUUCCUAUUUUGUUGUUAUUUGCAUUUCAUGUAAUGGACAUACACAAAAUAGUCCAAAUUGGUGAAGUGGAAUGAAAAAAAUAACUUGUUUCAAAAAAAUAAAUAAUUAAAUAACGGAAAAGUGGUGCGUGCAUAUGUAUUCACCCCCUUUGCUAUGAAGCCCCUAAAUAAGAUCUGGUGCAACCAAUUACCUUCAGAAGUCACAUAAUUAGUUAAAGUCCACCUGUGUGCAAUCUAAGUGUCACAUGAUCUGUCACAUGAUCUCAGUAUAUAUACACCUGUUCUGAAAGGCCCCAGAGUCUGCAACACCACUAAGCAAGGGGCACCACCAAGCAAGCGGCACCAUGAAGACCAAGGAGCUCUCCAAACAUGUCAGGGACAAAGUUGUGGAGAAGUACAGAUCAGGGUUUGGUUCUGAAAAAAUAUCAGAAACUUUGAACAUCCCACGGAGCACCAUUAAAUCCAUUAUUAGAAAUUUGAAAGAAUAUGGCACCACAACAAACCUGCCAAGAGAGGGCCGCCCACCAAAACUCAUGGACCCGGCAAGGAGGGCAUUAAUCAGAGAGGCAACAAAGAGACAAAAGAUAACCCUGAAGGAGCUGCAAAGCUCCACAGUGGAGAUUGGAGUAUCUGUCCAUAGGACCACUUUAAUUCGUACACUCCACAGAGCUGGGCUUUACGGAAGAGUGGCCAGAAAAAAAUAAGCAAACCCGUUUGGUGUUCGCCAAAAGGCAUGUGGGAGACUCCCCAAACAUAUGGAAGAAGGUACAGAUGAGAUUAAAAUUGAGCUUUUUGGCCAUCAAGGAAAACGCUAUGUCUGGCGCAAACCCAACACCUCUCAUUACCCAGAGAACACCAUCCCCACAGUGAAGCAUGGUGGUGGCAGCAUCAUGCUGUGGGGAUGUUUUUCAUCGGCAGGGACUGGGAAACUGAUCAGAAUUUAAGGAAUGAUUUGAGACUGGGACGGAGGUUCACCUUCCAGCAGGACAAUGACCCUAAGCAUACUGCUAAAGCAGCACUUGAGUGGUUUAAGGGACACAUUUAAAUGUCUUGGAAUGGCCUAGUCAAUGCCCAGACCUCAAUCCAAUUGAGAAUCUGUGGUAUGACUUAAAGAUUGCUGUACACCAACGGAACCCAUCCAACUUGAAGGAGCUGGAGCAGUUUUGCCUUGAAGAAUGGGCAAAAAUCUAGAUGUGCCAAGCUUAUAGAGACAUACCCCAAGAGACUUGUAGCUGUAAUUGCUGCAAAGGGUGGCUCUACAAAGUAUUGACUUUGGGGGGUGAAUACAUUUACAUUUACGUCAUUUAGCAGACGCUCUUAUCCAGAGCGACUUACAAAUGAAUAGUUAUGCACGCUCAAGUUUUCUGUUUUUUUGUCUUAUUUCUUUUUUGUUUCACAAUAAAAAAUAUUUUGCAUCUUCAAAGUGGUAGGCAUGUUGUGUAAAUCAAAUGAUACAAACCCUGCAAAAAUCCAUUUUAAUUCCAUGUUGUAAGGCAACAAAAUAGGAAAAAUGCCAAGGGGGGUGAAUACUUUCACAAGCCACUGUACUUGUGCCUAUCAAACAUCUCAUUCAAAAAUCAUGGGCAUUAAAAUGGAGUUGGUCCCCCCUUUGCUGCUAUAACAGCCUCCACUCUUCUUGGAAGGCUUUCCACUAGAUGUUGGAACAUUGCUGCAGGGACUUGCUUCCAUUCAGCCACAAGCAUUAGUGAGGUCGGGCACUGAUAUUGGGCGAUUUAGGCCUGGCUUACAGUCGGCGUUCCAAUUCAUCCCAAAGGUUUUCGAUGGGGUUGAGGUCAGGGCUCUGUGCAGGCCAGUCAAGUUCUUCCACACCGAUCUCGACAAACCAUUUCUGUAUGGACCUCGCUUUGUGCACGGGGCAUUGUCAUGCUGAAACAGGAAAGGGCCUUCCCCAAACUAUUGCCACAAAGUUGGAAGCACAGAAUUGUCUAGAAUGUCAUUGUAAGCUGUAGCGUUAAGAUUUCCCUUCACUGGAACUAAGGGGCCUAGCCCGAACCAUUAAAAACAUCCCCAGACCAUUAUUCCUCCUCCACCACCAAACUUUACAGUUGGCACUAUGCAUUGGGGCAGGUAGCGAUCUCCUGGCAUCCACCAUACCCAUAUUUGUCCGUUGGACUGCCAGAUGGUGAAGCGCGAUUCAUCACUCCAGAGAAUGCGUUUCCAAUGCUCCAGCGUCCAAUGGUGACAAGCUUUACACCACUCCACUUGUGCUGACGUUGCUUCCAGAGGCAGUUUGGAACUCGGUAGUGAGUGUUGCAACCGAGGACAGACGAUUGUUAUGCGCUUCAGCACUCGGCGGUCCCGUUCUGUAAACUUGUGUGGCCUACCACUUCACAGUUGAGCCGUUGUUGCUCCUAGACAUUUCCACUUCACAAUAACAGCACUUACAGUUGACCGGGCAGCUCUAGCCGGGCAGAAAUGUGAUGAACUGACUUGUUGGAAAGGUGGCAUCCUAUGACAGUGCCGCGUUGAAAGUCACUGAGCUCUUCAGUAAGGCCAUUCUACUGCCAAUGUUUGUCUAUGGUGAUUGCAUGGCUGUGUGCUCGAUUUUAUACACCUGUCAGCAACAGAUGUGGCUGAAAUGGCAGAAUCCACUAAUUUGAAGGGGUGUCCACGUACUUUCGUAUAUAUAGUGUAGUUCAUGUAGGCUUAUUGUUCUCCUAUAAAAGGUAAAACCCCAGAAUUGAGCUAUUAUAGACUGAUACAUAUCCUCAGCCUCACCUCAGCCAAUUACAAGACUUUGAACCCUAUGUUAACGGUGCUGUCUGUGCCACAGAGACCUCCACUCGUACCUGUUGGGUGACCAGGAGGAGAAUGACGAUGAUGCGGACCAGCAGGCCAACAACAACCCGCAGGGGAGGAAUAACAACGCCAUCCCUGAGGGGCUGCACGCUGCCCACCAGGCUAUCCUACAGCAGGGAGGUCCUGUGGGCGUCCAGCCCUACCACCAACCCAUUAAGUUCAGCUUGAGGGUGAGUCAUGACUAUAACUCACAUAUAAUAAUAUAAUAUAAUAUAAUGAUAAUAUGAUUCACCUGGUAGGAGGUAGCCUGCCUAGCUAUUCAUUAGACCUGACACUUGUUUUCUCUUAGCCUUCUUUGUCUCAGAGCAUGGGAAUUAAAUGGAAUGUGGUCUAUUCAUGUGUGUUCAUUCUUGUUUUUCUAGAUUGUGCUGCUGAUCGUAUUCAUGUGUGUGACACUGCUGGUGGCCAGUCUGGUGUGCCUCACGUUGCCAGGUGAAUUCACUGUGUAGUCCACACAACCCACUCGAUGGAAUUGCACUGUCCCACUCCACCGUCUUCCCCAUUUACCUACUGUCCCUGUCUCACUCCCUCUCUCCGCCCCCUGCUACAGUAUUCGCCGGCCGGUACCUGAUGUCCUUCUGGACGGGCAGCGCGAAGAUCCAUGAGCUGUACACGGCAGCGUGCGGCCUAUACGUGUGCUGGCUGUCCAUCAGGGCCAUCACUGUGCUGCUGGCCUGGAUGCCCCAGGGCAGGAGGGUCAUUCUGCUGAAGGUCCAGGAGUGGACCCUCAUGGUAAUGCUCUGCAACACGGUAAUGACAAUCAACAGCCACCGCCAACACACACCUGACAUGAGUGAAUUUCUUCUUCUUCUUCUUCUUCUUCUUCUUCUUCUUCUUCUUCUUCUUCUUCUUCUUCUUCUUCUUCUUCUUCUUCUUCUUCUUCUUCUUCUUCUUCUUCUUCUUCUUCUUCUUCUUCGUCUUCGUCUUCGUCUUCGUCUUCGUCUUCGUCUUCGUCUUCGUCUUCGUCUUCGUCUUCUUGUAAUGCAAACAGCAACUGAAUUAAAAUAAGCAUGUGAUUUUAUACAACAAAAUAUAUGGGAAUAUAGACACAAGUGGUUUCAAUACUGUAUGUUUUGUGGUCAUGCUUUUUUAUUAUGCUGUGCUUUGAUAGUUUGCGGUGGCUCAUCUCUGUGUGAACGCAUGGUUCUAGGUCAUUCAUGUCCUCUAUAUAGGCUGACUCAGAAUGCAAACUGAAGGCCGCUCAGUGGAAUGAUACCUACUGUAUCUGUGUUGUGUGUGUUGAGAGGCCUGUGUUUCUAGCCCUCUGUUUUGUAUACGUUUGUACUGUAGAUCCUGAAGACGGUGGUCGUGGCUGUGCUGCUGGUUGGAGCCAUCCCUCUCCUGCUGGGCCUGCUUUUUGAGCUGGUCAUAGUAGCCCCUCUCAGGGUGCCAUUGGACCAGACACCACUCUUCUACCCCUGGCAGGUACUGUAAGGGCCACCCAUCUAACACCAAUGGCCAUAUAGCUUUAUGGCCAUACAGUACAUUGGAUGGAAAUGGGCAUCUAAAAGAUUUUACGCUUGCAUAACUACUCAUUCUGAAUUUAAUUCCGCUGCUCUAUGAUCACUCCAUACAUUUAGUCUGAAACUGCCUCCCGUCAAAAUGAGGGGCGUUGUACAAAACAAAUUAAUCAACGAUUGGACCGUCUCUAACCAAUCAGAGUUGAUACGGUCAUCAUGUAGGCUGGCUCUGGCCCAACCCACCGGUUUCUGUGACCAAUCAGAACGGUAAGAAUGUGUUUUGCGAUUUACAAAACGUCAGGGAGGCAAGCAAAUCCAGCCACAUCGUGGAGAAGAAACGCUAGUUUGGCCGGAGCGAUGUGAAUGGUCAGUCAGCAAAUUUUACACUGCACCUAAAACUUUUAUGAUGAAGUCUUUAGCUUCCCUCAAUUGGAUAACAGAACAAGAGGCAACUACAGCCAACACUGCUGUUUUAGACAAACCUGCUCAUGUUGGGACUCUUUGUUUCAGGACUGGGCUCUCGGAGUGCUCCAUGCCAAAAUCAUUGCUGCCAUUACUCUGAUGGGUCCACAGUGGUGGCUGAAAACAGUGAUCGAACAGGUCGGUCCCACAAGACUGUGUUUUACUAUAAUUAUUACAUUAAUUACUCUGAAGACCUGUAGUAUGAUGCCAUUAAUAAUAUAGCUCAGAUUAAUGUUGAAUACGUUUUGGAAUAAUUUUGACUUCCUCGUGUUGUUCUCUCUUCUAGGUGUACGCUAACGGAAUUCGCAAUAUUGAUCUCCAUUUUAUCAUCCGUAAGCUGGCUGCUCCGGUUAUCUGUGUACUGCUGGUGUCUCUCUGUGUGCCCUAUUUCAUCUCUGCUGGCAUCGUCCCCAUCGUAGCUCAGUAUUCCCCAGGUAAGGCAAUUAUCAGUUAAUGAAAGUGGAAUUAUUGGUUUCUGUUGUGUGAGAGAGAUCUAUAUUAUUGGUGAGGGAACAGGAGCAAAUUUAUCAUUGAACCUCUGAUUGCUCUUUCUGCAGGAGUUACAAUGGAGAUGCAGAAUUUGGUGCAGAGGAGAAUCUACCCCUUCCUGCUCAUGGUCGUCAUGCUGCUGGGAAUCCUGUCCUUCCAAAUCCGUCAAUUUAAGCGCCUUUAUGAGCACAUUAAGAAUGACAAGUGAGUACUCUGACAUUAAGCUCAGCACAACUACAGUUAUUACUUAGACUUAUUGGCAAUACUGACUAUUAGUGUGAUCAGUCAUCACAAAGUCUCCAUUAUGACAGUGGAGCACCAUAGUUUCCAGUACAAAUCAUAAAAUGACUUCUCCAAGCCUCUGAGGAUUUACUUGUUGGCAUACUGUUGUGCUAUUUACACUCUGUAGCCUCACUCAUUUCAUGGCGUGGUAUUUCUCUCUGAAACAGUUAUUUUUUUAUCUCUCUCAGGUACCUAGUUGGACAGAGACUGGUGAACUAUGAACGCAAGGUGGCAGGCAGAAGCACCACAGCCACACACAGCAGCUCUUCCCAGGAGUAGGAGCUGUUAUCACCUGACCUGAGAAAACAGCCUCUAGCUGUGAGUCUCUCUCCUCCCUUCUGACAUCUCUUCACCCGUGGCUUCACAUUCAUGACACAAGCACUAGCCAUGUCUUCUUUUCAUUCCCUGCUCACAAGCGCAGCCGGAGAACUGAGAAGUGUGUUUUACAAAAAUAUUAAACAAAGGCAGAAUGACCCUGAAACCAACCAACUUGGAUUUGAAAAAAUUGUUUGAUCUUUGUACAUCUUGAGAGAAAAAAAUAGUAUUUUGUCAAUUCAUUGAUUCAAUCUAGAUUUAUCUAGACUUCAUUCUGUGAGUUUCUGUUGUUGGGUCUGGAUGGACUGCUACAGUACCUGACCUGUUUGACUAGGAAGAGGCAGAGUCCCAGGAAGCCUCUGUUCAGCUCUGCUCUAUGGGAUAAUCCCAUUGGAACACAUGACUGAAGCUCUGCUUUAGAGGAGUGAGGAGUGUGAGACAAGGCUGAAGAACUUUGGGAUCAGUUUUUGUAGUUUGUAUUUAUUAGUUUCGAUUUCCCUUUUUAGGGGUUUAGUAUUACAGUGUGUGGGUGAGAGGUUGUUGUUAUUUGCAAGAAAGAAAAGUUCCUUUUGGAAUGGGUGAUUUUAGUCUUUCUGCAGCAGGGCUUAAAGCGAGGGACUUUUUAAUUCAGAUGUAUAGAUUUCGGUUCACUGACUGGCCACAAAGGAGCUAAUGAGUGUGGCAGGCUUCCCUGAAUAGCAAUAUACUGGCUUGAUGGUCUCCUGUCUCAGGCUGGGGUUAUUAAUUAACCCACUUAGACAGAUAUUUAUAUGAUGUAGCUCCAAUGUUUGGUCUCAUUUGAGAGAACCCUAAAAGGCAGAGUAUCUGCUGAGUUUGGUAUUAGGAAGUUACGAGAUUGUAACCUAAUUUCUACUCUACAUUUCUUGCUACACCUGUUCUAUAGAGUAACAUAGGUUCUUACUUAUGCACGAAUAUCAGUCUGUUGCACUUUAAAAAGCUUUAACAUAGUGGCAAUCAUUCAUAAACCAUUUAAGUUAAAUCAAGUCAGUAUUUCAAGUUGGUGGUGAAGACACUAAAAUACAAUUCAAUAUGAUUUUCUUGACAGGAGUUUUUGAUCUAGUUUGACACUUUUUUGGGGCUGUGUGUUAAGGAGAUUGAUAUGAUGUUUGUAAAUAAAGGAUUUCUUUCUUUUCAGUGUGUAAAAUUGUCUGUCAGUUGCAGGUUUAAGACUUGAUUUCCAACUUUCAGAGAGGGUAUUAAAUGCUAAGAUUCUAUAAGUGACCUUCUAGUAACUUAAUAUACAAAACUGGAUACUGGUGUUUACCUGUUGAGUUUAUGCUGACUCAUUUUUAAGCAAAUGUUCUAUUUUUAUAAGUGCAUUUAGAGGCAGUUUCUAAUUGUGUAAAUCUUGUUGCUUUUUUGUCUGCUCCGUGUUGUUUUUCUAAGU